UUUGUCAGUUGGACAACAACCACCGAAAGGGAUAUACUUAUAAUCGACUACCUAUCAGAGCUCGCGCUUUUUUGAGUCCUCACCUUUUUUGUGUGCGCGCGCGCUUCUGGAGUUUCUCUCCAAACAGGUUCGACCAGAAAUCAGGACACACCUGCAGAGAGAGAAAAAGGAAGCAUUGUAUACUCGGGACGCCAUUCUUUACUCUAUCUUUGACCUCUGUGGACGACGGACGGAUAGAAAGCCAACGAGGAAACUUUUCAUUAAUUCGUUUGAAGGUUUAUUUAACUUCAUCAUGAUGAAAAUGUGGAUUGCUCUUGUUGUCGUUGCCUUUGCUGCAACAGCGUCAGCUCAAGAUUGUUCAUGUGAAACUAUGAAGUGGGCCACCUGUGAGGGACCGCCAUGUAAGUGUAUCGUACUGGUCGGCGCCGGCGAGAAACAGACGCUGGACUGCAAAGCCUUGGUCCCUAAGUGCUACUUGAUGAAGGUUGAGAUGUACAGAGCUAGAAAGGGCCAGGACACCCGUACUGGAGGAAAGCCAGUGGAGUCUGCCUUUGUGGACAACGACGGCAUCUAUGACCCAGAUUGUGAGGCUGAUGGCAAAUUCAGGGCCAAGCAGUGCAACAACACAAAGGAGUGCUGGUGUGUCAACAGUGCUGGCGUUCGUAGAACUGACAAGGGCGACGAGAAUCUCAAGUGUGAAAAGCUGGUGGAGACCAACUGGGUCCGGCUUCAGCUGACACACAAACCUGUGACCACUCCAGUGAAUGUCAACAAUUUGAAGCCUGCCAUUGUGGAAGCCAUUUACACACGUUACAACAAAUUUAACAAGGAUAUGGUGAAGGAUGUCGAGUAUGACCCUAAGGCCCGCAUGAUUGUGGUGGAUGUGAAGAAGCCAAAGGGAGAACGCACGACUGACCUGACCAACAUGGCCUACUACAUGGAGAAAGAUGUGAAGGUGCUGCCCCUAUUUAAGAGCCCAAACAAGUUUGAGCCCAUGGUGGACGGCCAGAAGCUGGAGAUGGAGAACAUCCUGGUGUACUAUGUGGAUGAGGAGCCCCCAACAUUCACCAUGAAGAACUUGUCUGGUGGGAUCAUCGCUGUCAUCGUGGUGGUGGUGCUGGCUGUGGUCGCCGGCCUGUUGGUCCUGUUCUUCGCCAGAAGGCGAGAGCUUCAGAAGUACAGCAAAGCCCAGCCAAGAGAGAUGGAGGCCAUGUAAAGUCAUCAUCACUGCUGUGGAGUCUAAUGAAGAGUCGGCUUGUACAUCACCUUUUUGGAUUAAUGAUUUUUUGCAGUGGGACGGUGCCAUUUUUACCAUUUUACUUGAGGAAUACAGAUUGUAAAGGAAUCAACUUGCUUGUUUUUUGUGUUGGCACUGCUAGUACCAUUUUAUUUAUAAACUGAGUCCUAACUCAUCCAUUAAAUCUAUGCCAUAAAGAACUUUAGCUUUUCAAAUAUUUGCCUGGACAAUGCCACAUUUUAUGUUAGAACUUGUUGACUGGUUAAAAUUCUGCGCCAUAGAUUGUACAGUUUCUUACUUAUGUGUGUUUUGUUGGAGUGUUUUUAAUAAAAAUGUUUUUAAAAGAC